CGGCCGUUCUUAAGAUAUUAAGUCACACAAGUUGUUAUGGUUUGCAGAAACAUAAAGCAUUUUAUAUUCCCUGAUCUCGUCAAGCUUUGAUAUAAGAAUCGUAUUAUUAAUCGUAUUUAACAAGAAACAAAUCAAAGUAUUUUGAAUCUAAUAAAGGGAUUAUACAGGACGAAGUUGUUUUAAGAGAAAUCACUAAGCAAACUUUCCAAUGAGGCAUCGCUCGAUAGAGAGUCGUUCCAUUGAGUUAGAGCGACGAACCUGAAGAAUCAUCGAGCCGCUGGCUCCGCCCCUGUUUCACCGUCGUCAAGCAAUCGAGCUUUCAUGGUACAUGCAACUCUUCUUCGAGGGGUUAAAGCUCGCAGUUUGCGCGCUCGAUUCGUUCGAGGAACAUCUGAAGUUUUACUUAACGUCAUACAUUUUCAAAUUCAAAAGAUGCGUUUCAUAUAAAAUGAGCACGAUGACAGAAUGCUCGUCGAAACAGAUCUCAUUGGACUCUCCUAGCUGUAAGGAUUCCGAUGAGAGAAAGAAAUUAGAGAACGAAGAUGCCUGUAGCGAGGAGGAUGAGGAGUCCGGUGGAAGAUAACGAAAAAUGAGAGAUCCGUUGCUGAACAGCAGGGUGAAGGAACUUCAAGCUAUGCUCUUCCCGAUUCAUCCGAUUCCCGGCGGCAGAUUGGCGAACCUGAACAAGCUUCAGGAGCUGCAAUUGCUGCAGCUGGGACGGUGCGAGAUACUGCGAAGGGAAACGGAGUUAUCCCUGUUCUCCGUACCGUUUGGUGCCAGAGACACGCAGGAGAUCCUUCGAAGCGCGUUGGACACCCGUUGCAUGAUCGAUGGGAUCACUCAGGAGGCGGCUAGGUGGCCCACCGAAUGUCAAGUACUCUCGGAGAGGGUGAGACAUAUAGAAGAUACGCCAGCCAGCCCAGAACCAUUCUAUGUGCCAACCGGAAAAGAACCAAGACCUAAACCGCUGGGAGAUGAGUUCGGAACCGUGAUAUUUCGAUAUCAUCCAACAAACAUCACCAACUAUUUCAGUAGAUCUUGCGUUGGCGGUAGCACCGUCCCAAUGGAAUGUGGGCGAGAUCAGACCGAAAGGAUUAUCGAUAGCAAAGAUCUGUUCCUAGUACGAUCAUCGGACGUGAUAGAUAACGACACGGACUUGCGUUUUGAAUCUCGUUUCGAGUCUGGGAACCUCGGCAAAGUGGUCAAGAUCACUGAUACUUAUUAUCAGCUCCACCUUAGGAAAGAUCUGUACACCCAGAGACACACGCAGUGGUACUACUUUCGGAUAUCCAACACGCGGAGCAGAAUCACUUACAGAUUAUCUAUCGUGAAUCUAUGCAAGGAGGAAAGCUUGUAUAAUGAAGGGCUGAGGCCGCUCUUGUAUUCGAUGGAGGACGCCAAGAAACGAGCUGUUGGCUGGAGACGGUGCGGGGAGAAUAUUGCAUACUACAGAAACGAUUCCUCAAGCGAUGAAGAGAAAGAGAAACACACGCUGACGUUCAACGUCUCUUUCCCUCACGACAGAGACACAGUCUACCUGGCGCACUGCUACCCAUAUACCUAUAGUGAUUUGCAAGAAUAUCUCGCCAAACUAGUCGCUGAUCCUGUUAAGACUAGAUAUACCAAGCUACGACUCUUGUGUCGAACGCUGGCUGGAAACGGAGUCUACUAUUUGACUAUCACUGCCCCAGCUUAUGACGAGGAGCUGCGAAGGAAGAGAGGAAUCGUGAUCACGGCCAGGGUUCAUCCUGGGGAGACCCCGUCCAGUUGGACGAUGAAAGGAAUCAUCGACUUUCUAACCGGAGAAUCCGAUCAAGCUAGAAUGCUUCGCGAAAGGUUUGUAUUCAAGCUAGUGCCGAUGUUAAAUCCGGACGGGGUGAUCGUGGGUAACAAUCGUUGCUCGCUAUCGGGUAAGGAUUUGAACAGGCAGUACAGGACGGUGAUGAGGGAAAGCUAUCCCUCGAUUUGGCACACGAAGUUAAUGAUUCGUCGACUGCUCGAGGAGUGCGGCGUGGCUAUUUAUUGCGACCUGCACGCUCACUCCAGGAAGCACAACAUAUUCUUUUACGGAUGCGAGAGCAAGCGGAGUUCCCCGCAGUCGAGACUAUCCGAGCAAGUGUUCCCUCUGAUGCUCCACAAAAAUGCUGCCGACAAGUUCUCGUUUGAAAACUGCAAGUUUCACGUGGAGAAAGCUAAAGAGGGUACCGGAAGGGUCGUGGUCUGGUCGAUGGGGGUGCAGAACAGCUAUACGAUGGAAGCGUCGAUGGGUGGAACGAGAAUAGGUUCCAGAUGUGGAACCCACUUCUCUACUCAAGAUUACGAGCAAUUUGGAAAAGUAUUCUGCGAAACUCUAUUAGAUUUCUUUGAUGCAGACCCAAUUAAGGAGAGACUUCGGAACAAGAUAAUUGCGAGGCUAAUGAAGGAAGGUUCCAGCGCCGAGGAGCCGACAAACAUUGAUUUAACAGAUUAUUCCAGCGACGAAGGAGACACAUCGGACAGUUCCACAUCGGAUAAAGAAGAAGCGAAUUACGAAGACGUGUGGACGUACAAUAUGGGGGAACCUGUUGCAGCUCCACAAUAUAUAUCUGCACCACCUCCUACACCAACGUAUGUUUCUCCACGUAGCUUAGAAUUGGCAAGAAGACGAAGUAGAAAGGGGACCACGGCUAAUAGAAGUUGCUUUCGUCGCAGAAGAAUGCCGGUAGAACAUAUUAACAUACAGUUUGACGAAGACAAGAAAGAUGUCUCCAAAGGUGAUUUGGUGUUGCCGGAAAUAGUGAGACCUCGUAGUAUGUCGUUGGAGAAUCUAAACGGCGAGAAAGAGAAAUCAAAAAAUCCACGCUCGCACUGUCUCCGCUUAGUCAGAACGUUUGGACGCCGUUCGCCGGUUCCACUGAGAAAUCAGGAUAUACAAAUCAAGCUCAGUUCACUGCGGCAGCAGAUAUGGAUGGGAGUUCCGUUGAACAUCGCGGAGAACGUUGACAAAAGGAUUGGAUAUCCUUUCGCGAAGGGACCAUUGAGUUGGGGCGUUCCUAAUGCAGUUCCAACGCAAGAAAAUGCAGAAGAUGUUACAAGAAAAUUCGAGAAAAGAUGUAAACGCGAGAAUGAAACGCGUUCUAGAGACACCAGCCCGGAAGUAGGAGUUCGAUCGAAAGACGCCGACCGGAAAUCAAGGAAGAAGAAAUCUCCUCUCAAGUGGCAGAAGAUUGUGAACAUAAAUUCCAGAAUGGAAGAAACUCGUCGGGGACGAACGUCGAUUUUGACGAUUAAAGCUGAUUCUUUGAAACUAGUGAAGCUCGAAAUUCCUACGAAAGCGCAACUGCGACAACACAAGGUCGAGUCCCGGCGGAAAUCGCGCAAGAACGGCGCUAAUACUGUUUCCAACGGCGGUAAGACAGCCGGGAAGUCGAAAACCCAGUCUCAAUCGACACGGUCACAAAUACAAUUGCAACCUCUGAUAGUUCCUAUGUGCGACAGUUCGUCGUCCGACAACGAUUCCGGUGAUUCUCGCCGACAAAAGGUAUCGAAGAAGAAGCAGAAAAAAAAGAAGCAAGCGAAGAAGAAGACGACUGCCGCGACUGAAAGAAAGAUUCGAACGACGAGCGCGUACGCGCUGCGUAAUCGAUAAGACAUUUUUCUAACGCGUUUGUAUCGAUGUUCCUCUU